AUGGGUCCCCCAGCGAUCAUAGCGCCCUCGAUCCUCAGCGCGGACUUUGCCCAACUCGGCCACGAGUGCGCAAAGACAAUGGGCCAGGGCUGCGACUGGCUUCACGUCGAUAUUAUGGACGGCCAUUUCGUCCCCAACAUCACGUUCGGUCCACCUGUGGUGUCGAAGAUUCGGUCGCACGUGGAGAGACCGAAGAACCCAGGCGGGAGAGGCACGUUUGACUGCCAUAUGAUGAUCGCGGAGCCACACAGAUGGGCGUCCACGUUCCGCGACGCAGGGUGUGACUUGUACUGUUUCCACUACGAAGCCGCUGUUUCGUCCGUGGCGGCGACGAAACCCGAAGAUAAAGAGACCACGACGCCGACGUCGCCUAAAAAAUUGAUAAAAUACAUCCACGAGUUGGGCAUGCAAGCGGGCAUUGCGAUCAAGCCCGAGACCAGCGUCGACGUGCUGUGGGAUAUCCUGGAGAAUGAGAACAAAGAGGAGCGGCCGGACAUGGUCCUCGUCAUGACGGUACAUCCCGGCUUUGGGGGCCAGAAAUUCAUGGCCUCGGAACUGCCCAAGGUAAAGGCCGUGCGCGAACGCUAUCCGGACUUGAACAUCGAGGUGGACGGGGGACUGUCGGAGAAGACGAUCGAUCAGGCGGCGGAUGCAGGCGCCAAUGUGAUUGUCGCCGGGUCUGCGGUCUUUGGAGCACAGGACCCGGGCGAGGUGAUUCGCGUGUUGAGGGAGGCUGUCGAACAUAGACGGGGUGGCAAGUUAUGA